UUGUUGCUGCCUUCACUCUGCUAACCCCUGCGGAAAUUUCCUAGCUCUGUACCAACAGGAACAGGCGGCGUUUAGAGCUGAAAUUCAUUGGAGAACGUAAAACUUAGUCUCACCCAGGUUUAUGCAUUUUAUAACCUUUUAUAUGCAUAUUAAGAUAGUUGGUCUCUACGUGGGUGGUAUUUACGCCAUUGCUAUGCUUCUCUGUUCCGUUGCAUUUGAUACUGCAGGGACCACCUUCCGUUAUGUGUUAACUUAAAUAAUGAGCUGCUGAAAUAGCCGCAAGUUAAGCAGUUUAGCGAUAACGUUCUUGUGGAUGUUUGGAACUGGGACAGCUCUGGUUUUAGCCCUUUGUUGAUGACACUGUGUCGGUUUGUCUGCCGAACGUAAAUUAUAAUUGCAAGAAUACAUUUUUGUUGGCGCCUGCUAAUUUCAGGUUUGCAAGGAAACGCAGUCCGAUAGUAACAUUAGAUAGAGAGCGGUGUAAGGAGAAUUGAUAUCCAGCUAGAUUAGCGGCGUCACCUAGAUAACUGACCGGUUAAAGAGAACUGUACAGCGUUUAGAAAACAAUGGACCGCUUUCUGGAUUUUGAGGAGUGCAUCCGAGACUCUCCGUCAUUCAGACAGUGCUUGGACCAGCGCGAGAGCGAGGUAGAGGAACUAGAAGGUCGCGUGCAGAAAGUGAUGAGAUUGUGCAGUAAGAUGGUGGAAGCAGGACAGGCAUACAAUGCCUGUAAUCAACUCUUCCUGACUGCACUGUCAGAGCUCACGCUGUACCAUAAAAGAAACACUGUUAUAGCGAAUUGCCUUCAUCAGUUUAACCAGGGUCUACAGGAGAUGAUCCAGUUCCACACUAUGCUGUUUGACCAGACUCAAAGAGCUAUUACCCAGCAACUCACGAAUCUGCUGUCACAGUUUAUACCACACAUCCGUGAGGCACGUCGUGAGUUUGUGCGGAUAGGGGAUGAUGUGGAGUCGGCAGCAGUGAAGAAUGCUCAGAUCUCUCGGCACAAAAUGGCAGAAGCUGAGAGGGCCAGUCACUUGUUGCUGGCAACACGAAAGUGCUACCAGCACUUCACCUUGGACUACUGCCUGCAGAUGAAUAAUUUCAAGGCUCAGCAGAAGCUGGAUAUCCUGAACUCAGUAUUUUCAUACUUCCAUGCACAGUACACUUUUUUCCACCAAGGAUUUGACCUACUGAGGGAUCUUGAACCCACCAUGAAGACCAUGGCAUCAGAGCUGGCCCACCUGUCAACAGAGUGCGCAGCCAACAGGAAAGAUCUGGAAAACCGGCAUCUGCUCAUUCAGCAGAGAGAUGCAUCUGGAGAGCCUGCGGUGUUCAGUGCGGACAGCGGAGGAGCGAUCCAGGGAUACCUCUUCAAACGGUCUCGCAGGAAGAACAAAAUGUGGAAGAGAUGCUGGUUUUCCACUAAUAACAACCAAUUGGUGUAUUCAAAAUCACACAAGGAGCAGCCAGUCAUGUUGUUUGAUGAUCUCCGGCUUUGUGCAGUGAAGUCUCUGGAUUCGAUCGAUCGACGAUUUUGCUUUGAACUGCUGUCUGUACAGAAAUGCUGUGUGCUGCAGGCGGAUUCUGAAGAGUUAAAGAUGGCUUGGAUCAAUGCAGUGCAGGGCAGCAUUGACAUGGCAUACCGAGAGAGAGUGGAGUCUGAACAGAACCAGGUGAAAGCGAACUCGCCCCCUGACCCGAUCCCUGACCCCCCCUCUCUGCCCGCUGCACUGGGUGUGGCUCUCCGUGGUCAUGGUAACCAUCAGUGUUGUGACUGUGGGGAGGCGGCGCCUCGCUGGGCAAGUGUCAACCUUGGCAUCACUAUGUGUAUCGAGUGCUCUGGGAUACACAGGAGUCUUGGUGUACACUUGUCUAAGGUGCGGUCUCUCACUCUGGAUUCUUGGGACCCAGAGCAGCUAAAGCUGCUGUGCGUUCUGGGUAAUGAUGUCAUGAACAGCAUUUAUGAAUGUAGCCCAUCUGAUGUGCUGGCAAAGCCUAGUCCACAGAGCUCUCGUCAGGAGAAGGAAGUAUGGAUUAGAAAGAAGUAUGUAGAGCGGAAGUUUGUGCAGCGCGAGUGUCUUUCUGCUGAUCCUGAGACUGGAAGGCAACAAGCAGGACAGAGACUGUACAAAUCAUCAUUGGUUGGGAAUCUUGUCUCCAUGGCAACAGCAUUGGCCCUGGGAGCAGAAGUAAACUGGUAUAACCCUGAAGAGGAAGGACGGACAGCUUUGAUUGGUGCAGCUAUUGGCGGUUCUUUAUUGGCGUGUGAGUUCUUGCUGCAGAAUGGUGCAAAUGUGAACCUCAGGGACCAGCAUGGACAGGCAGCACUACAUGCUGCUGCAACACGGGGUCACACAGGGCAGGUGUGCCUUCUGUUAAAGAGAGGAGCCAAUCAGUAUGCAGCUGAUGAAGAGGGGAAGGAUCCACUCAGCAUUGCUAUAGAAACGGCUCAUGCUGACAUCGUUACCCUGUUAAGAAUGGCCCGUAUGAAUGAAGA